AUGUCGCAGGAUCACCCGUCGGUGAACUCGCGUUUUACACCGAAGUCUUAUGCCACGCCAAGGAGACAUCACAAAUAUGAUACAGAUGAUUUACCAUCGCAGCCUAUCAAAAUUGGCUACCAAAAAGUGACCCUGGACAUUGAUUUGGCUGAGCAAUCAGUGUUGGGAGAGACUGAAUUGACUGUUCUUCCACUCAGCUCUAGCGUGAGACAGGUUAAAUUAGACUGCAGAGGGAUGCAGAUAAAGGAUGUCACAGUGAAUGGUAAAAAGGCAAGUUACCAUUACGGUGACUUUUUUCAAAACGAUGAGUAUCUCAAUGACACUGAAAACCCCGUGCUGGCCAAUUAUAAAUACAACCCAAACUAUGAUACACAUUCGGAAGUUGUAAAGCUGCAGCAGCAUCAUUUCUAUAGGUCGAUGUUCUAUCCACUGUUUUCAGAUCAGAACAAUCAAGGGAAUCCCUCCUCGUCAUACACAGAGAACACAUCAGAAUUGAUUGUGUAUGUCCCAGAUACUAUCAAAUUGAGGCUUCAUGACCCAACAUCAAAGCAGACUUUUUCACCCAACGUCAACUCUGCCAGGUCGCACACACCUUUGACAACCAAUGCUAUGAUGAGCUCUGACAAAGUAUACACUCCAUUGAAUAUCAAAAUCAGCUAUCUGAUCAGGAACUCGAAAAAUGGAUUACUUUUUAAUGGAGGAAACGGCACAACCAUCCCGAAAGAUCGGUGGUUUUGCUACACCUCGAAUAACGACCUGGGUUGCAGUGCUAGCUCGUGGGUUCCUUGCAUAGACAACUUCUACGAAAAACCUGCGUGGGACAUAAAUAUAAUCAUACCCAAAACAGUAGGCGAUAUAGGGGAGACCAAACUGGUUGGCUCUGAUGAGGCCAAGAAGGCUUUAAGAAGAAUGGAAACUGAAGAAGAUGAAAUGGACGACGAACAAGAAGAGCGCAAUGAUACUCCAUUGGUAGUGGCGGUUCCAGAUCUGAUUGGUGUCAAAGAAUCGCCCUCUCCUCUGGAUGUUGGCAAGAAGGUGAUUAACUUUCAAUUUUACAAUCCAGUGUCGGCUCAUCACCUGGGCUUUGCCGUGGGAGCGUUCGACAGCUGCCCAAUUUUGGACGUUAAACCAGGUACUGAUGAGUUGGUUCCUUCCAAUGCCCUGGCAAAUAUCGCUGAAAAUGACAUUAACAAUGCCAAGAACUUUUCUGCUGAAUCCAACUCGAAUAAGGUACCGACUAUGCUUUAUUUCUUGCCUGGUCGCAAGGAAGAAGUUUUGAACACAACAGUUGCAAUGUACAAAAUAUUUGAUUUCUACUCUAAAGAAUUUGGCUCAUUCCCAUUUCCCAGCUACACCAUGGUCUAUGUCGAUGACAUGGCGUGCGAUUCUUGUGCAUUUGCUGGUAUGACAAUCAUGUCUUCAAGAUUGCUCUAUAGUCCCAAACUGAUAGAGCCUAUCUUUGAUGUGACCGAAAAGCUAGCUGUUGCUCUAUCUGAGCAGUAUUCCGGCGUCAACGUUCUUCCAAAAUCGUUGAAUGACUUCUGGCUGGUAAUUGGUAUCUCAUACUUCAUGGCAGGUCAGUUUUUGAAAAAGCUCUUUGGUGUCAACCGAUACAGGUACGAAGUCAAACUGCGCACUGAUUAUCUUUGUGAAAUCGAUGUUGGGAAAAGGCCUUUAGCCAAUCAGUUGUUUCGCUUUCCGAUCAACCUCUCCCAGGAUAUGGAAUUCAUAAGGCUGAAAGCUCCUUUGGUAAUGUUCAUUUUGGAUCGCCGAAUGACAAAGACUGAUAAGUCAUUUGGGCUGUCUCGCGUCAUUCCCAAGAUUUUUCUCCAAGCUAUGUCUGGGGAUCUGCUGAACGGAAAUUGCUUGUCAACCGCCCACUUCCACCAUGUUUGCGAGAAAGUGGCUCAUCAUAAGCUUGAGUCGUUUUUCCAAAACUGGAUACAUAGUUGUGGAGUUCCAAUUUUCCAAGUGACGCAAAGAUUCAAUAAGAAGAGAAUGUUCAUCGAAAUGAGCAUCCGCCAGAUUCAAAAAAAUAAUAAGUUGGAAGCAGAUGACGAGCUACAAGUGGACAUAAACUCGAAAGAGACCUUGAGGAAACAGCAUCAGAGAGAGCAUUUCGUCGAUGAGGCUAACAAGUUUUUAGCAGAAGAAGAGACUUUUUCUGCACCAAAUGUAUUCACUGGCCCAAUAACUAUCCGUAUUCACGAAGCAGAUGGUACACCGUAUGAGCACAUUGUUGACAUCAAGGAUCCCGUCACCAAAUUGGAUAUUCAAUAUAACACAAAGUACAGAAGGUCCAAAAGAAGAAAAGAAGAAGAUCAAGAAGAAGCGGAGAGAAAGGAAAGAGAAAGAGAAAAGAGAGAAAGGGAUAAACUGAGGAAAGAACGAGAAAAGGACAAAUUGCGCGGCGACGAUGAUGAACCGACGGUGAAGAAGCUGGGAGAUGUGUUCAUGAAGCCGAAAGAUCUAGAAGAAUGGGGAUUUACCGAAAAACAAAAAAUCGAAGAAAACGACUACGAGAUCCUUGGCGACGCAUUCGAAUGGCUGCGUGUGGAUGCAGAUUUUGAAUGGAUUUGCAAGGUCUACAUCAAUUUGAAUGAAAAUAUGUUUGAAUCCCAACUGAGACAAGACCGGGAUGUGGAAGCACAGUUAGAAAGUGUCAAAUUUUUUUCGGAGUCAUUGCACCCUUCGAUCUAUUUUGCAACGGUUUUAAUGAGAACGAUUCUUGAUAAGCGUUAUUUCUAUGGCGUGAGGGCCGAGGCGGCUUUAGGGUUGGCAAAGUUUUCAAAGGAGGAUAACGACCAUCUGGGAAUGAGAUUUCUGCUUAAAGCCUACAAGUACUUUUAUUGUUACAACAAUACCAUAUCCAAAGGAUAUCCUGAGCUGGAUCCAAAUGAGUAUCUACCGCUGCCUAACGACUUUUCUGAAUUCAGUGACUACUUUGUCAUGAAGGCCAUUGUGACUGGCCUGUCAACCGUGACCAAUAAAACUGGUGACAGUCCAAUUGAGUUGAAGAGAAUCAUGCUCAAUAUUUUGAAGUUCAAUGACAAUAAUAAUAACUACUUUGACGAUUCCUUUUAUCUUGCCAACUUCAUUACUUGCUUGACAAAUCUAAUGGUUAGCUCAAAUAAAAAAAUUCCGAGCCACAAUGAAUCUCACGUUGAGAUGGACCAGAGAAAUCUCACAGACCCUACCGAGAAGUUUCUGAUUGAGGCCAUCGUGGAAAUAAAUAGGGCCGCAAAAAUGGACCAAUGGUCUCCCUCCUAUCAUCAUAUUGUGACUGUGACAAUGCUUCAAGAGAAAGUGCGUCUGGCCUUAUCUGGCCUUGUUGAUCUCUCCUAUAUUGACUUGAUUCCAUACACCAGACCCUUCUACGAUGCAGAUAUUAGACUGAAAGCUUUUGAAAGUCUUUUGCUCUUAGGUGGUUUAAAAAAUUCGCACGUCUUGUCGCUAUUCUUCACUACCCUCAAGCUUGAUACCUCUCAUUACCUUCGUCAUCAUUUGGUCCUUGCUCUAAUGCGAGCAGUUGGUACGGCUGCCGUAGAUGGAGUAUUUCCUAAUCUCGAAGAUGAUGAGUUCUUUAGAGCGAAAAAAGGAGGCUCCGAGGAAAAGAAUAAUAACCUCGUCAUUGUUGAAGACAGUGGAGCAGGUAAUGAAAUGAAAACCCGACGCGACCAGCUGUCGCGACUCACCAUGGAAGGAGCGUUGGAGGUUCUUCGCAGGGACUUGAGCAUUGGUACGGGAUUGCGCAAAGAGCUUUGGCUGGCAGUUCAUUCAUGCUUGCUAUCCGUGGGUGCAAAACGAGAUAUAUUUGAUGUUAUAGAGGUCAUCUUUGAAGCCAUUGACUCCUUCAAAGUCACAACAAAACUUCCGAACGAGAGGAAACUGGUUGCUAAGGUCACUGAUGUUAGUAUUGAACCUCAUUCUGAGACGUACAAGGUGACAUUCAAGAGACAAGGAAGACUAAAGAUUCAAAUUCCGACUAUCAAGCUCAAAAUUACUGAUAGUAGUAACUCACGCUCUGUGCCGAAGUCAAAACGAUCCUCUGUUUCGGAACCAUCAUCAGAUCCAAGGUCCUCAAGUGAAAAAUUCGAAAUCAAAUUCAAGUAUAGAAAGUUCUCCAAGCGAAGACGCGUCGCAUACGAUAUCAUUCAAACUGACAAACAAUCACCUCUCCGCUACGUGCGUUUCCAAAUGUUUGAAAACAAAGUUUUGGUUUCCAACGACGAGAAUUUUGGUGAAAUAAGGAGCCUGCCGGUGAAACUAAAAAUCAACCCUGAGAGGCUGCGCCAGCUUAAUCCGGUUAAGAUAGAACCUUGUACUACCCUUUCCGCCCCUGAGCCGGCUCCUGAGUCAAAUGGUCAUUGGCAGAAUGGAGGGGGAGCCCAGAACGAUAAUCUUCAGGAAAUGAAGCAGUGA